CAUGUAAGAUGCAAGAUGUCAGAUGCAAGAUGUCAGAUGCAAGAUGUCAGAUGCAAGAUGUCAGAUGCAAGAUGUCAGAUGCACGAUGUCAGAUGCACGAUGUCAGAUGCAAGAUGUCAGAUGCAAGAUGUCAGAUGCAAGAUGUCAGAUAUGAUAUGUGUACGAACACGUGGAUCAUUUGGAGCCUUCCCUAGAAGAGUCAUUGCCAUGUCGUAUUAUCUGCCAGCAUUUGCUAAUGAACAGGGACUUUCCCGAAAUGAUCUUGUUAAGAAGUACUUUCAUUUAGGUUUUGAAUACAAGGAAAUGUUAGCUCUAUUGUAUGUCCAUCAUGGCGAGACCCUGAGCCUCCGACAUUUGAAACGACUUCUACGUAAGAUGAACCUUAAGAGGAGGGAAGGGGUACCUGACCUCGCAACAGUCAUAGGCAUGAUAGAGAAUGAGCUAUUCGGAAGUGGAAACUGCAUUGGUUACAGACAAAUGCACCAGAGACUGCGAAAUGAUUACCAUCUACAAAUUAAUAGUUUCAGAGAAACUGUACGGAUUGCGUUGAGAACGCUUGACCCAGAAGGUACAGAACGCAGGAAAUCUCACAGACUGUUAAGACGGACCUACCGCUCGCAAGGUCCAAACUACUGUUGGCAUAUAGAUGGGUACGAUAAGCUGAAGCCGUUUGGAUUUUGCAUCCAUGGUUGCAUUGACGGGUACUCCAGACGAAUUAUGUGGCUGAGGGUGGCAUCAUCUAACAACGACCCCGCUAUAGUGGCCGACUACUUCGCUGGUUGCAUUAGAAUGAUUAAAGGAGUGCCGAGGCGCAUUAGAGCUGAUAAUGGAACAGAAAAUGUUAACAUUGAGGUGAUGCAAGUAUUCCUUCAUUUUGGUCUGAAUGACGAAGCAGCAGUUAGCAAUUUUCAGUACGGAACAUCGGUUGCAAAUCAGCGGAUCGAAGCUUGGUGGUCUCAGUUAAGAAAAAGUAAUUCAGAUUUCUGGAUAACCUAUUUCAAGGACUUGAGGGAUAGGGGCCUUUUUGAUGAUAACGACUUGGUGCAGUGCUCUAGCCUCAAGUUCUGUUACCAGGGUUUAAUUCAAGAUGAGUUAGACAAAGUUGUAAAGCAUUGAAACACUCACAGAAUAAGACCUUAUCACAAUCAGGAAACCCCACCCGGAAGGCCGGAUGUAUUGUACAAUCUUCCAUCACUCCAAGGUACACAAGAUUACAAAAGUUGCAUUGACUUGGAUGAUGCCACUUUUAUAGCAGAAAAGUUGUGCAUUAGCCAAACGCAUUUGGGUGCACAGAGGAAUUCUCUGAUAUGUUCAAGAUGCUCAUGGAAGAGCACAAUUUACAAAUGCCGAAUGAUGUCGUGGAAGCUGAAGAUUUGCCACACCUGAUACGUCGACGACUGCACAAGAACAGCCUUGGCCUUGAAAGACCCGUGUCUCUCUUGUAGUCUUCGUACUUGAAAUCAUCAUCAAUUUCCUUCUCAAUUCCUGUGAGCUUAAAAGUCAUAAGCUCUUGACGACCUUCCGGACUCUCACCCUCAGGAAAGAAAAACUCUUUCGCUUUCGACAUACAUUCUUCUUUGGAAGCAUUCCUUGGUAAUUUGCACUCUCUGGAUCCCCCACCAUUAUUUGUCUUUUUCUGGAUAUACUCCUUUCUAGACUCAUUCCAGUGCUUCCAUCCAAAGUAGUACGUCAGAGUGGGAGCAUUCUUACUCGUUGAGGCAUUAUUAGUACUUUUCUGCUACCUUUUUUUGCUUGCAUCUAAGAGGGACCGCACACGUUCCAAUUUUUCUUCACGAACAGAGUUUUUGAAAUGGUUAAUGAUUAAUAAUCUGUCCCCAAGACAGUCAAUACCUAAAGUCUUAAGAUCCUCGUGGCUUAGCAAUGUAACAGUUUUGUCAUCAACCUGAAACAAAAAUAAGGUUAUUAAAGAGAGUUAAAGUUAAGGAAAACUAUUAGACAUAUGCCAUUUUUAAACAUUAUGUUUCACCCCUCCCCCAAGGGCUAAAAUAAACUUAAAUGCCUAUAGAAACAAUUGCUGUAUUUUCCACAAAGGGGCUGAUCUACACAGAUAACAGCUGUAUUAGAUAAAUAAUAAUAUAUAUUUGGGUAAAAGCUCUCACCGGGGGCCAAAACAGUGCUCAACUUGACAGGACUAACAUAGGUGGAGAGUUCCUUAAGUUAGUUGAUAUGUGCCCCUACUGUCAGCAACUUAGCUUUAGCUGUAUGCCAAAUGUAAAACAAAUAAUUUACAUGCACAAUAAAACCAUUUUGAAAAGAAGUGCCAAUGAACAGGGA